AUGCGCAUUGGAGGUCGCCUUAAGCACUCACUUCAGCCUUACGAAAGUAAGCAUCAGCUCAUUCUGUCAUCUGCUCACACGUUGUCCAAGCUGAUAGUACGAUCGAUCCAUGAAAAUCACCUACAUGCAGCACCGCAGUUACUUAUCAGCAUUCUACGACUACGGUACUGGAUUACAGGGGCCAGAAACCUAGCUAAAUCUGUCGUUCGUAACUGUAUUACGUGCACCAGAGCACAACCACAACUGCUUGAGCAGUUCAUGGCGGAACUACCAAGCUCCCGUGUCAUCGCUUCCCGACCAUUCUCCGUGACCGGCGUUGACUACUGGGGUCCCAUCUUGUUGAAACCGGCUCACAGGCGAGCAUCACCCGGAAAGGCCUACGUUGCUGUUUUUGUCUGCUUUUCCACUCGCGCGGUACACCUAGAGCUGGUGGUUGAUCUUAGCACGGCAAAAUUCCUUCAGGCAUUACAUCGGUUCGUCUCUCGGAGAGGUCUGUGCAGCGACAUUUACAGUGACAACGGCCGUAAUUUUCUUGGAGCAGCUAAUGAGUUACGGAGUCUAGUUCGCAGCCCAGCACAUCAGCAAUCUAUUGUUCAGGAGUGUGCCAACCACGGGAUCCGUUGGCACUUUAAUCCACCGAAGGGAUCACAUUUCGGUGGGCUUUGGGAGGCGGCCAUUCGUUCCGCACAGAAACAUUUCAUCCGGGUACUCGGCAAUCACACUCUGGCAACGGAUGAUAUGGAAACUCUUUUAGCGCAAAUCGAAUGCUGCCUCAACUCGCGCCCUAUAAUCCCACUCAGCGAUGAUCCGUCCGAUUCCGAGCUGCUCACGCCUGGCCAUUUUCUCAUCGGUUCAGCGCUGAAAGCUGUCCCGAGCACCGACGUGACCGCAAUCCCUUUGAACCGUUUGCGACAGUAUCAACAGACGCAAAAACUGUUCCAGCUGAUAUGGAAACGGUGGCAUCUUGAAUAUUUGAGCGAACUUCAGCCCCGCACUAAAUGGUACAAUCCACCAAUUUCCAUUCAACAAAACCAGCUCGUUCUCCUCAAGGAGGACAAUACUCCACCGAUGACUUGGCCUACUGCCAGAAUAGUUGAAACACACCCUGGGUCUGAUGGAAUCAUCCGUGUGGUAACCGUCCAAACUUCCACUGGUCGAUACACUCGUCCGGUCUCAAAAAUUUGCUUGCUGCCGAUUCCGCCCCCGCAAUCCUCGACAGGGGAAACAAACAAAACCAACGACGCAAGUGAAGCUGAGGAAAUCGACGAUAGCAUCAUACGUUCUUCGAAUCGAUCCAAUUAUUCCAUCGCCAAGCAGCAACUUUUUGGUCGGAAUCAUCUGGCCACGGGAAUGUCACAUCUGCAGCACCUACAAUAAAGAAUUCAAGGCCCUUUGCUAAAAGGGACAAGGUAAGAACCUGUCCAAUAGAUUACAAAUUAUCGUAACCCGCUACCGGGUCUUUUUUUGUCUAUUUACUUUCUGCGCCGACGAAUCAUCGAUAACAAUCAACACCGAGAGUGACGUCACGAAGCGAAACACCGAGCGGAGAUCUGUCAUCAUGGUCGUCGUCUGGUUGGCUGUCAGAAAUACGAUUUCUGAAGGGGCCAGCAUGUUCGCGUAUGCGAAAUAUUUCAUCGCACACGGAAAAUGAAAGUACCCAAAAUGCACGGUAGCACCAAUUCAUCGUUAACUUUCAUCAUGGCGCCCUUCGGAAAGGUGCGAUUUGACUCUUCCGGCAACCAUAAUUAAUGGAGUAACCGAGGGAUAAAAGCCGAAGGAUGAUCGUUCUCGGGCUCUCUUUUUCAUCGACAUCGUAGCUGUCAUCAUCAUCGUCAUCAGCGUAGUACACAACAACAACAGAAGAGAAGAAGUGGUUGAAAUUAAAGUGAAUUUAUUUAGAAAUUAAGUGAAAUAAAGGACUUAGUUAGUAUAAUUAGUGAAAUAAAAGUUAGUUGAGUUAGUGAAAAUAAACUAAAAGUUGGACUUACCUGUGAACUGAAAUAGUGCGGUUUCCUAAAAGAAAAGGAAGAAGAAAGAACCUACCUUGUUGUGUCGUCCCCGUUGUGCGCUGUUGCAGCGAAAAUCUAGCACAGAACUAGAUUUAGCAGUCCUGCUUUUGGUGUUAUCGAACAGAAGAUCAAAAUUGAACACAAGAACAAAAUUCUGCUUUAUAGAACAGUAUUUAGAUCAACUCUAACAUACGCUUCAAUAGUCUGGUCAGAAUGUGCUCUAUCUCAUAGAAAAAAGCUUCAGAUUUUCCAAAACAAAUGUUUAAAAAUGAUCCACAAGUUACCCCCAUGGUUUUGUACUGAAAAAUUACAUGAAAUGAGUCACAUUGAAACAUUAGAUCAAUAUGUAAAUCGAAUGAAAACGAAUUAUUAUCAGAGAUGUGCAAGUACUUUAUUUGAUAUGUUACGUGCUUUGUGUAAUUAGUAUCAAGGUCUAGUUCUUAAGUUCUCGAUCUGUUCAAUGGUGAGGUUUUUUUUUUCAUCUAAAUGAUUGUUUUCCUCUAUUUAAACCCACUUUAUUUUUCUAAAUCGUUGUAACGAAGUGUGAAAAAAGAUUUACUGUAAUGAUGAAAGCACAGACAAACAGACGUCUUACUAUAGUCACUUCUCAUCGUCACCCUUUCUAACGGUUAGUUCAAAUAUUUUGUAGUUCGCAAAUCGCUCGGUCACGGCGCUCGCAUCGUUUUUGCUCCUGUUUGACGUUUGCUCACUACCGCCACCUACUGAGUGGUUUGCGUAACAUAGCCUGAUUAGCAUUGGGCGAUUAUGUUUUCGUGACGAUGAUUUUUACCGCAAUUUGUCCCAAGUGAUACGUCUGUUUGUCUGUGAUGAAAGGUUUACCCAAUUCAUUAUACUAGAGUUAGGAAUUUAUUGUAUUAUAUGACUUUAAUUAUGAAAAUAAAUAUGAUUGAUUGAUUGAUUGAUUGUUUGCGUAGUGAUUACACUAGUUUACAGCAUUUUUGAACUCGGUAAGCUGAUGAUCAUUUUCGGUGUAGAAUCAUGCCCUGAGUUCGAAAACGCGAAGGAAAAAAAUUACAGUAGAGUGGAAAUUAUUUCGACUUUCCAUACAAGGUUGAUGAUUUGAAAUCGAUUUUUGUUCUAUUUUUAAGCAACGUCACUCACUUCACACAUCUCAUUCUCCGUAAUCAAUGCUCCGAUUGAGCUGAUUUUUUUACUGUAACUCGCCUACAUAUGAUAUUUUUUUUUUUUUUUUUUUUUUUUUAAUGAAACUCAACGUACAUAUGUACAGAUGGAUAUAUUAUUAGUAAAAUUGCGAAAAAAUCCACAGCUCAGGUGAGAUUUGAACUCACGACCCUUAUACGCUAGACAAGUGCUUUUCCAACUAAGCUACCGAGCCAAUUAAUGACACGGCAAGGUAAUUCCAAUCUCAUCGAUCAUGCUUCAUCUUUCCCUUAAAUUUCACCGCAAAUAUAUCCAUCUCUUAUGUACACAUGCAUGAAGAGCGAGGCGAUUUAUUUACUGUUGAAACUGUUUGCCUAACUUUCAGGCGUCUCUUCAUCACCGACUGUGGUGAGGAAGAACAAUUGAAACCUGGUAGGCGACCAACGUGUCGUUCGCACUCUUUCAUAUACGACAGAUUACUACAGAAGAGGUAGAAGCUCGAAUAUGACUUAAGGGCAAAGUCUUCGGUAUACCAAUCCGUGUGGUCAAUUAAUGAUUUUUAAUGAAACUCAACGUACAUAUGUACAGAUGGAUAUAUUAUUAGUAAAAUUGCGAAAAAAUCCACAGCUCAGGUGAGAUUUGAACUCACGACCCUUAUACGCUAGACAAGUGCUUUUCCAACUAAGCUACCGAGCCAAUUAAUGACACGGCAUUUUGGUUGGUACAAGGUAAUUCCAAUCUCAUCGAUCAUGCUUCAUCUUUCCCUUAAAUUUCACCGCAAAUAUAUCCAUCUCUUAUGUACACAUGCAUGAAGAGCGAGGCGAUUUAUUUACUGUUGAAACUGUUUGCCUAACUUUCAGGCGUCUCUUCAUCACCGACUGUGGUGAGGAAGAACAAUUGAAACCUGGUAGGCGACCAACGUGUCGUUCGCACUCUUUCAUAUACGACAGAUUACUACAGAAGAGGUAGAAGCUCGAAUAUGACUUAAGGGCAAAGUCUUCGGUAUACCAAUCCGUGUGGUCAAUUAAUGAUUUUUAAUGAAACUCAACGUACAUAUGUACAGAUGGAUAUAUUAUUAGUAAAAUUGCGAAAAAAUCCACAGCUCAGGUGAGAUUUCAACUCACGACCCUUACUCGCUAGACAAGUGCUUUACCAACUAAGCUACCGAGCCAAUUAAUGACCCGACAACUUAGUUGUCAUAAGGUUCAAUUCUAAUCUCAUCGAUCUAUAUCAUCUUCCCCUAAACCGCAAAUAUAACCAUCUCUGUUGUACAUAUGUACGAAGAGCGAAAGCUUAGUUGGUAAAGCACUUGUCUAGCGAAUAAGGGUCGUGAGUUCAAAUCUCACCUGAGCUGUGGAUUUUUUCCCAAUUUAACCAAUAAUUUACCCAUCUGUACAUAUGUACGUUGAGUUAUUUGAAUUUCAUAAUUUGACCACACGGAUUGGUAUUACCGAAAAUUUGCACUUCAAGUGAGUCAUUGAAAUUAAUUUAGUUCGGGAUUCUCUCAUUAUGUGAUAUGUACUACUGUUAUAAUGAGCAUUGUUUUUUUGUUUUUUUUUUUUUUUGUAAAAAUCUCUCAUUCUAGAUCACUUUGAGAAUACCGUCUUGAGCAAAGUUGCCCGGAAUAAAUAUUUUUUUUUUCUAGAAAACAAUUUAGUUCGAGAAUCACUCACUACACUAGUGUUCUUUGGAGGUACUAGUUUAGUCUAAAGGAUGUAAAUCUCGUAUUUUGGACCACUCAGAAUAAACCUGACCUCAGGAAAGCUGCUCAGAAGAAUAAAAGUUUUCUUGUAGAAACCAAUUUAGUUAAAAAUGUAUUCGCUACAUGGCCCUAGGGAUGUAAUGAGCUCAUUGUCAGAGCGUCAUAUAUCUCACGAUCCGCUUACAAUCAUACUGUUUUAGCAAAGUUGCAAAAAAGGAUGUUCUGUUCGAUCUAAGCGUAAUAUAUUUCGCGAUUUGAACCACAUCGAUCAGUUCGAAAUUUGACCACUACGUGGCGCUAGUGGUCAAAGCUUCCAGUUUAGUACAAGCGUCAUUAUCUCGCAUGUUGAAACCCAUGAAAGGAAUACCGCUUCGGCAAAGUUGUUGAGACAUUUCAAAGCUUUCUUCAAGAAAACAAUUGAAUUCGAGAUUCGCUAACUCUUUUGCUUUAGUGUUACAAUGAGUAACGAGUUUGUUUGAAUUGUGGUAUAUCUCACGUUCUGAACCAUUUCAACGAAUACUGGCUUCAGACGACUUGCCCAAAAGAAUAGAAACUUUCGAAUUUUUAUGGAAGGUCUUCAAUAAAUCUCUUUGAAAAUUGUAAGGAUGUGUCCUAGACAAUUGAUUAAGAAGCUUCCGCUUUUCUUUUGGCAGUUGAUUCAGCACAGCAUGCAAAACCAUUCUGCAUUUUCUUUGAGAUUUUCUUCGGUCAUUCCGUGUUUUUUUUUUUUGUUUUAAUUUGUAAGAGAGUAUACAACAGAACUUACACAGUUAUAAUUAAUGCAUACGAAAUUCUGUAAGGAAUUAUCAUAGGAGUUUCCGGACAAAAUACCGGAUUUUUUUUAAUUCCCAUAAAAAAUUACGAACAACAUAAGACACCAGUACCCCAAAAAUUUUCAAAGUAUCGAAUGAACUACAAACGUUAUUGUCAGGUAAAUUUCCUAAGGAAUUGCCGUUGUUACUCUCAAAGAAAUUUAUAAAGGAAAUCCCCGAAGGAUUUGUCGAUGAAAUUUUGCCAAGAGGUAAUUCGAAACAUUUUCACAGGGUAGCUUACAGGAAAUUCUCCGAAUCAAUCUUCAAAGGGAAUGUCCAGACGCGCCAACUUGGUCAAAUUAUUGGGAGGGCAAAGCCUGAUUUUUUCGGGUUUUUUCUUAAUUUUUGUAUGGGAAAAUCGAAAAAUCGUCAAAUGUGACAGAAAUGUUUAAAGAAAUUCGUAACGAAGUUUCAUAAAAAAAAUAAAAAUUGAAUAUCACAGGAAUUGCGAACCCAUAAGCAAAAAAAAUCCUAACAAUAAUGUAGAAAGGAUUCAGAAAAAAGGUUGAUUUUGGAAUUCCCAACGGAAUGCCGAAAGAACUUUCUGAGUAAUUUUUGAACUGAUUUCCAAAGGAAUUCCGUAAGGAAUUGCUGUACGGAUUAGCAUAGUAUUUGAUAAAAAAAAAUCCAAAAAACUACAUAGAUUACUUGACUUGACAUAGAACAAACUGACAACUCAAAAGGCGAUAUACGCACACUUUACACGCGGUUAAAUGGAAGCAUGUACGUAUAUGGCCUUUACUUUUGCAUCCUUUUCAACAUCAUAUAAGACUUUGUGUUAGCAGGGUAGCACCACACAGUGAGUUAUUCUUGAAGUGGAUUGCUUUCUAUGGGAAAGCUCUGAGUCUUUGGAGAAAUUUUGCCGAGGACAGUAUCCUUCUAAGUUGACCUAAGAUGUUCAUUGCAUGUGCGAGCCUGCUCCAGUAGCAAAAGUUUAAAAGUGUUUAUGAAGUUCGCCUAACACGCAGUUUAGGUAAAUAUUGAACUUAAUACAGAAAUAUGUGACUAAUUGGCUAUUAACCAAGUAUACUCAUCAUUCAAUCACCCUUCAGCCAGAUAACGACAAUUUCCAAAAUAUUGUUUUAAGUUUGGAGCAUUUUUUUAACAUUCAAAGACACUCCUGACGACGAUUGAUUCCACAUAAAAUGGCGGUAUUUUAUUGAAAAGGAGUAUGUUUAUGACUUAUUCAGUUCAUAUAGUAACAUUGCAAAUCAAAUUAACAAUAUUUGUUCGGCUGGGAACAUCUCGGGAACAUCAAAAAUACCUACUGAUAGCAGCUUCGUUGAGCAGCUUCAAUGCUGUGAAACACACAUUUAUUUAUAAUAACAAUUUCAAAUAUGUACAUAUAAUAACUAACUAUAAGCACUAACAUGUCGUGCUCAAAUUCACAGGCUUGCGAGAAUUACACUUCUAACCAAUUUUUCCUUCUAUUUCAAUUUCUCAUCUCGUCUUGCUCUGUUCAGUGUUGCCAGUUUCACAACAAUAUUAUUGUUCAAUGAUAAAUGGUAUUCAUUAAAUUCAUCAAUAGAUGAAUUCAUUUUAACAUUUACACAGAUAAUAUGUCUUAAGUUACUUAUUACUAAAAUGUAUAAAUAACCUCUUGAACGCAAUUAAUGAAUGUUCUUGAAGUUUCUAAUAAAUUCUAAUGAAUAUGAUUGUCGAGUUAAAUUCCCAGCUUCUGUACACCUAAACUAGUUUAUCAUCAGUGUUAUUGUAGCGUUUUUAAGAAUCAUAUGAUGGAGUAACCCAAAAAACAGUAAUGAUGCCGACAUACCCGCAAAACCUACUCUGUCAUGGAACAAUCUGUUUGAAGGCUUGAUUCGUUAUUGAAGCUUCAACGUCUCGGGGAACCCCAGUGCCAAAGUCAUAAGUUUUGAACACACAACCAUUGCACGCACACAUUUUGUCACCAGCAAAGCAGCUUUAUGUCUAGCGUCAUUUUAUGUCCAUACAUCCACAAGUUCUUAUUUGAUAACAAAACAGGUUUCAAGCUCACAAAGUCCUGUAGCUUGCAAACCGCGAAAAGUAAUCAGUAUAUUACAGACAUCAAAUCUAGCAACAUGAAGCUAGUCGUCAUUCUUGUUGCUUUGCUUCCAAUCACGGUGCAAGCGAAGAAAUAUUUCAUUCCUAAUUUCAAGGCCAACUGGCACAAAGCGCUCGAAUUAUGCAUUUCGCUGGAUAUGAACAUGGUAACGGUGGAGUCCCGGCAGGAUCACGAUGAUUUGGUAAAGUUCGUCCAAAAGACGGACAAAUUCUCCAACGCCACAAGGUUUUGG